AUGGUAUAUCUAACGUUGCAAGAAGCUUUGGAUUUUUUAGAGGAAUUGUGUUCUGAUGAUGAAAACGAUGUUUCUACUAAUAUCCAGGCACUGUACAUCGAGCCACCUUAUCAGGAUGGGGAUGUAAGUGGGGAAGAUGAUGGCGAGGAUGAAGGUGGAGUUCCGGACAAUGUAUGCCCAGCACAAUUUAAAGCCGGAUGUGAAAUGGUAUUUGAAAAUAGUACGCGAAUGAAAACCACCGAUUGUAAUAUAGAGGAUGUCGAUGACGAGGAACCUUAUGACGAUACUUUAGACGAUUGUUUGCCCAGCUCGUCCAAGGUUUGUCGCCCAAUUCAAUCAAAUACUGGAGUACCACUUCCACCAGCUAACAAAGACAGCAAAUAUACUUGGCAAACCGCUAAUUCAUUACCAGUCCUUCCCAAAUUUCCUGAAACAAAUUCCGAAGAUUGUCGGCAUCUUAGACCUCAUCAACUUUUUGAGAAAUUUUUCAGUGAUGACUUGCUUGAACAUAUAUGCAAAUGUUCGAAUAUAGUUUUGAUAGUAACUGGCUACACUUCUACAGGAGCCUUUCGAGACAUGUGGAGCUGCGAUGAUGACGUUCAAAACGUUAUGGUCUUCAAUGCUAUGCGAAGAAACCGCUUUGAGGAAAUCAAAUAUAUGCUGCACUUCGAGUCCGCAUUGCACGAACCGUCUGCUAGUUCUGAUAGGUUUGACACUCUUUGGAAACUACGCCCAGUGGGCGGUCAUAUAAAGGCCAAAAUGACUGAAAACUUUCACCCAGAACAAAAUCUCUCAUAUGACGAAAGUGUGAUUGCAUAUUUCGGUCGCUAUGGAUGUAAACAGUUCAUAAAAGAAAGACACAAUAAAACGAAUUACCAGAGCAAACGGACAUACGCCGCCAAAACACAGCAGGAGUAUCAACAACAACAACAGCAGCAGUAUCAGCAGCUACAACAUCAGUAG